AUGGCUUCCGAGAUUGCAGAGAAUACAGAAGACACGUACUUUGUGCCCAAAUCGCUACUCAAGGCAGGCCACCAAGAGUCUCUGGCAGCACAGGAUCGAAAAAUCUAUGAUCCAACAUACGGAGAUAUCCUCGCUAUUCUUCACUACGACGCGCAUAAGGUGAGUGCAAGUCUCUUAAUUAGCACGACAGGAUCAUAUGGUAAUAUAGUGGCUGUCAGUAUCCUUGACUCCGCUGGAAUGCCGUCUGCAACCAAGGCUAUUCAAUUUAAUUCUCGAAUAAAGCAGAUCUUUACCAUCCCGGAGACUCGUCACUUUGGAGUUCGCACAAAUGUUAGCGUUAGCAUAUUUGAGGUCCAUGUGGAAAGCAGAUUCAGCGUCGGGGUGGCCCGGCUCGUGGAAAUUCCGCAAAGAAGCCUUGCUGGUCAGGCUUUUGCAGACGCGUGUGCCUGUUCUCAAAUGGAGGCAUAUAUUGCGUUGAUUGACGUGAAGGGGAAUUUUGGGCUGUUCAAGCUGAUCAAAAGAGAUCUGGACCGCAAUUUCAAUGACUACAAACGGCUGUAUCUGUCUACCAUACACGAUCCUGCAGAAUUGUCCAAUUUUAAGAGAAUACGGUUUUCACAACAAAACGACCAGCUUUUGCUCAUGUCUCGAUCGUCGCUGCACGUGUGGUCGCCAACACAACAAGUUUGCAAGGUGGUAGCAAACUACUGGUCGCGGCUUCUGGAUUUAUGUGUUCCAGCUGGCCAGACCGACUACUGCAUUCUUUUGACCACUAGGGAGAUUUGUUUAGUGCAGUUGUCCGGCUUCGAACCCGUCUUGAGCUGGUCACAUCACUUGGAUGGACAGGACCUUUCACUGAAACUGUCCGUGCAAAAAUACAAGGACAGGUUCGAGUGCCAUAUAAUUUCGCAGAUCAAUGCACUGGUAUUGGUUGUGACAUUUGGAUUUUUAAACGGCAAGGCUCGCAUUUUCGGCGAUCCCUAUUUCUACGUCCCGCAUCCGACCGAGCCUGUUCAGUCUAUCGCGUUUCUAAACUACAGCACAGAGUUUGUAUUCUUCCAGCUCACGCGCGAUCUGGAGAUCUCGAGGAUGCAAAUGCAGCGGUCGGAGCGGGACGUUGAAGUUCCAGAGAAAAAGCUACCAAGAGAGCAGGAGACAAUUCCAGCACUGCCUAAAUUGCAGGACACUAAAGCCAAUAGCUGCGGAAACGAGGCUGAAAAGCUGCUGGAGAAAUUCGCGGCAGACGAGAACGACAUGUUCUUCUCCCUAGGAUCGAUGGUUCCAACGGCCGGGCCUGUUCCUGAGAACCUCGAGUCUUUGAUAGCACAGAACGAAUUUGUUGUCUAUGACGCGUCAGAGUGUCUUUUUUCCGACGUCGGGCAAAUACAGAGACUACACAGUCUUCCAGACGGUUUGCUCCGGCCUCUCAGGCCGUUUGAGAACCGCGAAUCCCGGCUGAAAAGUAUACUACAAAACAAGAGAAGUCCGUGUUUGGACCGCAUCAACAUCAACCUCGGGCUCAGUCUGCUCACUGUGCAUAAAAAGCACCAGGGCGACCGCGGAAUCGAGGAAAUCCGGUCACAGCUGCCGUUUGAGCUGGCCGCGUUGUUAGACCAAUGGAGACCGCACGAGCCACAGGGCACCAGCAUCUUCAGCCACGCCGAGCCUCUGAGCCAGGUACCAGUGAUCAGCACGUCGCAGAAGAGCAAGAAAAAGCUGAAGACGCGGCCCUCGAAGCUUGCCGGGUUCUCGCAGCGUCUUUCUCAAGCGCGGCCCCCAAAGAGCUCACAGCUGGUCUCAUCGUCCUCACAGAUUAACACAUCGUCUCCUGCUAGCUCCCAAAUCGCGUCUCCGCCAAGCUCGCAACCGGAGCCGCCUGUAUCGUCACAGCCGCGCUCUUCGCUUCUGACACAGAGCUCCUCGUCGCAAAAAAAGCGCAAGAAGCGCAAACUGGGUGGCUUUAUGUAA